AUGGCUUUUACCACCGAGGUGGAGUUUGACCAGGCAUAUGCCAGCGUCCGAGCCGCUUUCGCCUCGGGUCGCACCAAGAGCAAAGAUUGGAGACGCCAUCAGCUUAAGAGAGCUUGGUGGAUGGUCGAGGACAACAAGGACCGCAUCCUUGACGCCCUUCGUGCCGACUUGAACAAACAUCCUUUGGAGGCUAUGCUGGGGGAAAUUACGGGCCUUCAAAAUGACAUUCUGCGUACCCUUGACAAGCUUGACGAGUGGACAAAGGAUGAGAAGCCCACAAGAUGGGAUCCCAUCAACUUUUUGGGCGGAACUGUAGUCCGUCAAGAGCCAUUGGGCGUGUCAUUGAUUAUUGGCGCUUGGAACUUCCCUUUCAUGCUGAUUUUACAACCCUUGGUCGCUGCUAUUGCCGCUGGCUGUGCGGUGGUCCUGAAGCCGUCCGACGUUGCACAAGCCUCCCAGGAUCUCCUGAUGGAGAUCGUCCCCAUGUACAUGGAUCGCGACGCUAUUACUUGCGUCAGUGCAGGGCCGUCGGAAAUGAAGCAUAUUCUUGAAAGUCGCUUCGAUCACAUCUUCUACACCGGCUCUGCAAAUGUUGCCAAGAUCAUCUAUGCUGCUGCUGCCAAACAUUUGACCCCCGUCACUUUGGAACUGGGGGGUCAAGGGCCUGCAAUUGUUGCCCCAUCUGCGAAUAUCGAUCUCGCGGCAAAACACAUUGCUUGGGCUAAGUUUUCGAAUGCUGGACAGAUAUGCGUUAACGUGAAUCACGUCCUCAUUGACCCUAGCAUACGUGAAGCUUUUGUGACGAGACUGAUCCAUUACUUUGACGAGUUCACUGGCGGUCGAGAUAACAAGCCAGACUACUACAGUCGCAUCAUCAACGAGCGAAAUUUCGAUCGUCUCGAGUCUCUUCUCGAUAGAACAUCCGGUAAGGUCAUUCACGGCGGCAUUCGCGACCGUCAAAAUCGAUACUUCGGACCUACCAUUGUUGUGGACGUUAGUCCCGACGAUCCUCUACUGUCUGAAGAGCUCUUCGGCCCCAUCCUGCCUAUCAUUGACGCGGACCUUGAUACCGCUAUCUCUUUCACUCGCAGUAUUGAGCACCCAUUAGCUCUUUACGCCUUCACCAACAUCGAGUCUGAAAAGAAACGCAUUCAGAAUGAGACUUCUUCUGGUGGUGUGACGUUUAAUGACUGUCUUCUCCAUGCCGCUGCUCUUGAUGCACCUUUUGGUGGUGUGGGGAACUCGGGUAUUGGUUCCUACCAUGGGAAGUACGGGAUACUUGCUUUCUCGCAUCUUCGCACAUAUACGAAUGCUAUUCCAACGUGGAUGGAGGGGGCUAUGGGCGCGAGGUACCCUCCUUAUUCUGAUACAAAUAUGAGGAAGCUAUCACCGCCUGCCAAGGCACCUUUUGACCGAGAAGGGAACGACACAACUUCUCGCAGCAAAGUUUUGAGUGCUGCGGCCACUCUGGCAGUUCUUGGUAUUUCAGUCUGGAUGUUUGGAGCGAGAGAGAAGCUCCCGCCUUAUGGAAGGAACUGGUUGAGGAAGUGA